UUUGAUUUCGGGUUGAUCCGAGUGUUUUGGAUGUGUGCGUGUGUGUUUGCCUACUGUAUUGUACUGUGAGAAGGCAGGCAGAUAGGGGGCACCUCACCAAAAAUCUCCCGCUCAACUCCACAUUCAACCCCCCCACGACUUCACCUUCCAACUUCAACACAUUUUAAAACUGACCACAGGACUUUUACAUCUGAUCGCUUUAUUUAUUGAUUCUAUUUUCGGUUAGUUUAUGGUUUGUGUUUUAACACUCCGGGAGGGCAGAAAUGGCCGCCAACAUGUACCGGGUCGGAGACUAUGUAUUCUUUGAGAAUUCUUCCAGCAACCCUUACCUGAUCCGCCGGAUAGAAGAACUGAACAAGACAGCCAGUGGCAAUGUGGAGGCCAAAGUGGUGUGUUUCUACAGGAGGAGGGACAUCUCACACAGCCUCAUACAGCUGGCUGACAAACACGCAAGGGACCUAGAGGAGGAGAACGAGAGUCCGUCGGAGGCGGAGCUGACAGAUAAACAGAAACACCAGUUACGCCACAGAGAACUGUUUCUCUCCCGCCAGUAUGAGAGUCUACCAGCAACACACAUCAGAGGGAAGUGUAGUGUGGCGUUGUUGAAUGAGACUGAAGCUGUUCUCUCCUACCUUGAUAAAGAGGAUACAUUUUUCUAUUCACUGGUCUACGACCCCACCCAGAAGACACUGUUGGCCGAUAAGGGAGAGAUCAGAGUGGGACCACGUUUUCAAGCCGAUGUCCCUGAAAUGCUACAAGAGGGUGAAUCAGAUGAGCGUGACCAGUUAAAGCUCGAGGAGAAGCUGUGGGAUCCUGAUUGCCCACUCUCCAGCAAACAGAUCGACCAGUUCCUGGUGGUUGCACGGGCGGUGGGGACGUUUGCCAGAGCGCUGGACUGUAGCAGCUCGGUCAGACAGCCAAGUCUUCACAUGAGUGCUGCCGCCGCCUCACGAGACAUCACCCUGUUCCAUGCCAUGGACACACUGCAUUGUCACGGUUACGACCUGUCCAGUGCGUUGAGUGUGCUGGUCCCAGCCGGUGGGCCCGUGCUCUGUCGGGACGAGAUGGAAGAGUGGAGUGCCUCAGAGGCAGCCAUGUUUGAAGAGGCUCUAGAGAAAUACGGAAAGGACUUCAACGACAUACGACAAGACUUUCUUCCAUGGAAGUCCCUGACCAGUAUAAUAGAGUAUUAUUAUAUGUGGAAGACAACAGACAGAUAUGUACAGCAGAAGAGGCUGAAGGCAGCAGAAGCAGAAAGCAAACUGAAGCAGGUUUACAUCCCAACAUACAAUAAGCCCAACCCUAACCAGAUCUCAGUGACCAAUGGGAAGAUGGCGACAGUUAAUGGGGCGGGGCCAGGAGCCUACCAUGCAGCGGGUGGAGGACGGGCCUGUGAGAGCUGCUACUCGAUGCAGUCAGCCCAGUGGUACUCAUGGGGGCCGCCCAACAUGCAGUGUCGCCUGUGUGUGUCGUGUUGGAUGUACUGGAAGAAGUACGGUGGCCUUAAGAUGCCAAGCAGAGCGGAGGGGCCAGAGGAGAAGACCCCACCCAGCCCUGUGCCCAACGAGCCCCGGUCGCGCGGCCACGGCCCCCGCCAGUCCAGUCACAUGGUGCCGGUACGUAACAGCGGCAGCCCCAAGUCCUCCACGAAGACCAAGCAGGCCUUUCUGCUGCAGGCCACCCGCCUCACCAAGUUGGCACGUCACAUGUGCCGUGACAUCAUCAGACUGCGACGGGCAGCACGGCGCCCCUUUGUGCCCAUUAACUGUGGCGCCAUAAAGGCAGAGUAUAUAUUGCGGAUGUCGGAGGGGCAAGUCGGGCGACCCCCCAGAAUCCGGACGGCCCAGAGGAGCACCCUGACCAGCGUCCUGCAGUUCCUGGAGUCCCGCCCCGCGACACACACCCCCCGUUCACACCGAACACUUGGCCUACAAGCCCCUCCCCCUCGCCGCCUCCUCUCUUCUCUCCCUCACGGUCCCCACGGCCUUCUUGGUAAGCGCAGCUUCCACCACCAUACCAGAGCCGAGCCGGAGAAACGCCCAGAAAACCCAGGCCAGACUACGGGGCCAGUGCACAACGGCCGUAGCAGCGGAGGCAGCGGGACCAGGGGCAGUGGUAGGGGCGGAGUCAUGAUUAGGAAGCGACGCCCUAACUUGAUUGAUGCACCCGACGACAGCUUCUUCCUUGUCUCCCAGGAGACCAGGAGGGCCAGGCGACUGCUCUCGCGAUCCCAGCUGAGGCGUGCCUGCCGACAGCCGUGUGAGCAGAUCACCCUGCGCAGGGCUUCCCAGGCCCCACAGCAGGGGCUUCUCCUUGCCCCUCCGCACCCCCAUCCCAGCCUCCGGAUGAGGGGACCCAUCGUCAUCCAUGACUGACCUCUGACCCUAUAAUUCUCCCUGGCCUGUCACCCGCCUAUGCUCAGCUACUCCUGCAAGACCCCCACCCGGGCCCUUCCUCCACAUCGCCCCACUUAACAAAACAACUAUGAACUCUUCCUACGGAAUCUGACCCCUCCACCUCUGCAGGACGUGGUGUUAACAUGGGACACGCGGAAAAUAGUUCCCACCUGUACAGAGCCGACCCCAAUGGGACAGAAACCUGUGUGUAUGAGAAUGUAUGUGCGUUUAAGUGCAAGUGUUAAAGAAUGUGUGUGUGUGUGUGUUGAUGGAAGUGGGUGAAGUUGAUGAUGUUUUUUUUUUCUUCUGUACCUGCUACAUGUCUGUGAGUGGUGGUGAUAUAGUGAGUCAGAGAGAUCUAACCUGAUAUCAGCUUAACUUAAGAGUUAAAUGGGAUUUCAUGGAAUGGUUUUAUCACCAACAAGAUCACUUAAAGGGUGAUCGUUUUAAAAGAUAACUGCAUCAUUCUGUAGCCUACAGCUCCAUGUCACUGCUAGCCUCUGAGUCGACAACAUGAUGUAGAAAUACGCUCCUCUACGUCAGAGCCAUUGUACAUUACUAGACCCAUUACACUACUGUACAGUCUAGCCAUUCUAUUUCUAUGCUCUACCAAGCCCUGCUCUAGGCAGAACACCUCCUCUUUGCUCAACGGAACCUGGGACUGUCACUGCAGCUCUAAUCUGAUUUGGCACCCUAUAUGUGGUAGUACACUACUUUUGGCCAGAGCCGCCUAGUGCACUUGGGUCUUUUUAGGACAUGUCUCCUGCAGUAGCAUGCCUCUGAGGUCAAAUCUCCUGAUCAGCUGAUCAGUGAUUUCUCCACUAUGUUUAUGUUGGUGUUCCUGUUUGUCACGUGUUAAAAUAUGAAAUAUGCUGAUGAUUAAAUACACAACACAUUG